GGCGACCAAUGAGAAAGGAGGGAGCGCAAUCCUCUUUCGGGUAGCAGUGUGAGGCCUGUUCUGUGUCUCCGCGGCUAUGCUGGACCCGCAGAAACGGAAGGCGCCUACGGACUUGGCCUUGGUGGUGGCGGCGAAGAAGCCCCGCCAAGAGGCCGCCGGGGCUGGCCCUCCAUCGGGGCCCCCGGGCGCCCUGUUGCCCGCGGGCCCUCCAAGAUGUUCCUCUCUCCAGGCACCCAUAAUGCUGCUUUCAGGGCAUGAAGGAGAGGUUUACUGUUGUAAGUUUCAUCCUAACGGAGCAACUUUGGCAUCAGCAGGAUUUGACAGGUUGAUCUUGCUAUGGAAUGUAUAUGGCGAUUGUGAUAAUUAUGCCACUCUGAAAGGACAUAGUGGAGCAGUUAUGGAAAUACAUUACAACACUGAUGGCAGCAUGCUAUUCUCUGCUUCCACGGAUAAAACAGUAGCCGUAUGGGAUAGUGAAACGGGAGAGAGAGUGAAAAGACUCAAAGGACACACAUCAUUUGUGAACUCCUGUUACCCAGCAAGACGUGGACCUCAGUUGGUUUGUACAGGCAGUGAUGAUGGAACAGUAAAGUUGUGGGACAUCAGAAAAAAGGCUGCUAUUCAAACAUUUCAAAACACCUAUCAAGUUUUAGCAGUGACUUUCAAUGAUACAAGUGAUCAAAUAAUAUCUGGAGGCAUAGACAAUGACAUCAAGGUAUGGGACCUUCGUCAAAACAAGUUGAUGUAUACAAUGAGAGGACAUACAGAUUCUGUCACAGGUCUCAGCCUCAGCUCAGAAGGGUCUUACUUGCUUUCCAAUGCAAUGGACAAUACAGUUCGCAUAUGGGACGUUCGACCUUUUGCUCCUAAAGAGAGAUGUGUGAAAGUACUCCAAGGGAAUGUACACAAUUUUGAGAAGAAUCUUCUGCGCUGUUCUUGGUCACCAGAUGGGAGUAAAAUAGCUGCUGGAUCUGCAGACAGGUUUGUUUAUGUGUGGGAUACUACAUCGAGAAGAAUCUUGUACAAGCUUCCCGGCCACGCUGGUUCAAUAAAUGAAAUAACUUUCCAUCCGGAUGAACCCAUUAUCCUUUCUGCCUCUAGUGACAAAAGACUGUAUAUGGGAGAAAUCCAGUGAAGAGAAACAGAAGAUGGCCGAGAGGGUUACUACAGAAUGGCUCUGACCCAUUUCUAUGUAUUUGUACUGCGACAUUACUAUUUCUCUAUGAAGAAUUAAAUCUCAACCUACUGUGUUUUACUUAAACCCUUCUUGAAAUGUGGCCAUGUAUGCAGACGAUUAAAAAAGGCUAACAGUCCAGAAUCCUUUAGGGCUUGGAAGAGACGUAAUAGUUUUGCCUUCGUUAAAAAUUCAAUUUUGAGUUGUUGUUAGUAUUUUAUAUUUUUCAUGAGGUUGUUUGGUCAUUUUUAUACUGAGAGAAUAAAAUAUCUUGCAAAAACUGUGCAAACAGGA